AUGGACUUGAGGUUUAUCAUCCCCUUGGCAUUCGCAGCUUUUGCCUUUUUUGUCUGUAGUGAGGCUCCCUUUGUAAAAAUGACCAAUGUCGACUGCGAGUCGUUUAACAAGUCGUGGGUCGUUUUCCAUUACUGUCGACUAAAGGCGUAUUCCCGAAACAAAACCAGCUUGAACAUUAACUUAACCGUUCUAGAGCCCGUAAAUGAUAUAUUUAUCAAGUUAAAAUUAAUGAAGAAAGCCAACGGAUACAAGCCGUUCCUCUACGAUAUCACAAUUGAUGGCUGCAGGUUUAUGCGUAGGCCCAAUAAUCCCGCAGCAAAAAUCGUCUGGAACCUUAUAAGGCGUGUCUCCACCGUGAACCAUACCUGUCCCUAUGUGGGCUUGCAGUUCUUGAGCGAUUUUCACAGCAUUGAACUCCCGCUUCCCCUUCCAGGGGGAGACUACCUGCUCUUGAUGGACUAUCUGUUUCAUGGUAAAAAGCAGCUCUGCACAAACGUUUACUUCAACAUGAAAGAGGAUUGGUGA